AUGCACUCAUGGCGUCCACCAGCGGCAACGACUACUUUGCUUACAGGGCAAACAAUCCCCGAAACUCCUGUGAGCACGUUGACUAUAUCUCCAAAUCAACAAGUCUCUACAGCACCGUCGGGUCCGGCUCAACCUGUCAACCCAACCCACAAUGCUCGGUCCGAGAAAGAAAUACUUGACUCUGGUUCAAUCAUUUGCCAUGCGAGUCCAGUUCGUUUACGGGAUCGGAGUAUAUUAUCAGGAGACUCCCAACGAAGCGAAGGCCAAUUCGGUCCCAUUCUUGACAAAAAGCGCUAUUUCGUGGUCCUGUUUAGCAACCCUUUUAGGGGUACACUAGAAGUCUUCCCAAUCUACUCCCACAAUGACCGCGGGAUCGCGCAUUCUCUCUCUGAAGUUCGAGAGCAAUACAUGGGAAUCAUAUCGGAGGGCGAUACAUAUCAAGGGGAUGCACCGGAACCUGCACUAGAAGUUAUUCGCAGAAGGACACCGAACUUCGCUCCGCGAAAGAACGCCUACGUGUCUCUCGAUCGUGUUACGAUUGAACAGGAUAGCAGUACUGUUCUAUGUGGUACUUUGACUGAUGAUAGUCAUGAGCUUCUAGUCAAGCGGGCUAUGCAGCUAGACCGUGAAAAGUGGAAUGUUCUUAGGAGGGUGGAGGUCGAUGAAUCAUGA